AUGGAUACUCUUAAGAGGCAAAGGAGAACCCAAAGAGCUCUUUUUACCAGGAGUUUUAAUUCAUUUAUAACGGAAUUUGAUGGCGAGGGUACGAAAGAAGAGAAAUUAGUUGCUUUUCAGAUGUUGGAGAGCAAAAUGACGGACUUGGACGCAAUUCAUUUCAAUUUUACGCAACAGCUUUUUGAAGAGGUGGAAGACGAGGAAGAAAUAACUAGAGAAUUAGAGACUAAUGAUACUUAUAAGAAACAAUUUCUAUCAGCAAAAAUGAAAGUUUCUACAUUGACGACACAGGCGGUGCAAUUUCAGCAACCUACGUUUGUUUCGCCUGCCGUAGCUGUUCAGAAAACUUUGAAUCCGACUAAAAUCGAGUUACCGAAAUUCAACGGACAUAUAAAAGACUGGCUGCCAUUUUGGACGCAGUUCAACAAAAUCCACAGUGACGACUCUAUUUAUAAGGAGGAUAAAUUCCAAUAUUUACUUCAGGCAGCAAUACCAGGUUCUCGUGCAAGUGAUUUAAUUAGCAGUUUCCCUUCGACGGCGGAAAAUUACGACAAGGCGAUCAAAAGUUUAAAAAAUCGAUUUGGUCGUGAUGACGUCGUAGUGGAAUUUUAUGUGCGGGAGUUACUUGGUUUAGUGUUACAAAACGCUUCAAAGCACGAUAAGAAUUCGUCAAUUUUAAUAAUUUACGACAAAUUAGAAUCUAAUAUUCGUGCUUUGGAGACACUUGGAGUGACGACCGAUAAAUGUACGGCAAUGCUGUACCCUCUUGUGGAGUCAUCCCUAUUGCUUCGUGUAUGGCAGCGGAAUGGAGUACGGGAAGGUGGUGAUCAUAGAAAUCCUGAGGAACACAAGGAUAGAUUAUCGAGAUUAUUGGAAUUUUUACAACGAGAAGUGGAAAACGAAGAACGGAUCGAGAUGGCGCUUUCAGGUUUUGGUGUUUCGGCAGAUCAAGAGAAGGCGAAAAAACAUAAAGGUAAAGUAGAUCAUAUUCGAGAUAUUCCUACCGCGCAUACUCUUGUUACUAAAAAUAUUGAAAGAACGGUAACUUGUAUAUUUUGUACAUUGUCUCAUGAGAGUCGAGAUUGUGAGAUGGCGCGUAAGCUUGAUUUAAAUAAGAAACGGGAAAUAGUAAAAAAGGAGAACGCAUGUUUUUAUUGUUUGAAGAAGGGACACAUUUCAAGAACGUGUAGAAUAAGAAUUAAAUGUGAAUGGUGUUCAUGUAGACACGUUCUUUUGAUGUGUCCAAGUUUUCUUUCUAAAGAUUCUACGGAAAAUAACUCGGGCGAUAAGAAUAAAAUUGUAAAAGAACAUAACUUGACGAAUUUUUGUGACUCACCCGAGGUUUAUUUACAAACGUUGAAAGUCAAGCUGUAUUCACAAUCAAGGGAAAAAGUUGUUAGAGUUUUAAUCGAUUCAGCUUCUCAACGUUCUUAUAUUAGAACAUGUAUUGCGAAAGAAUUGGGUUACGAAAUAAAGGGUAAACAAGAAAUAAUUCAUUCAUUGUUCGGGGGAAUAAAAUCGAAAUGUGAAAGCCACGAUGUUUAUUUAAUUCAUAUGAAAAGUAUUGAUAAUUCUUACGCGUGUAAUUUUUCUGUAAUGGAUCAAAACACAAUUUGUGAUUCGAUACCGGGAGUAAGAAGUGAAGAGUGGGUGCAACAUUUGCGAAAAAAUAAUAUAAGUUUGUCUGAUAUUGGGGAUGAAAAUAAACCUAUUGAUAUUCUUAUCGGGGAGGAUGUUGCAGGUAAACUUUUUACGGGGAGAAAACACGAUUUAGAAAACGGUUUAGUGGCGUUUGAAACGAAUCUAGGGUGGACAAUAUUGGGGAAGCUCCCUGGUCCAUCAAUGAGAAAGGAUGCUGCGAUUUUGGUAACUACAAUGAUCGUGCAAGAGGCUAGCUUAUCCGAUCUUUGGCAAUUAGAUGUGAUUGGAAUUACCGAUCCAAUCGAGAAAACGGAAAAAAUGGUUCGCGAUAAAAAGACUCAAGAUUUAAUUAUGAGUACAGCAAAGUUGACAGCAGAUGGUCGGUACGAAGUCAGGCUACCAUUUAAAGAUAAUCAUAGUGUUGUCUCGAGUAAUUACGAAAUUUCACGCAAUCGUUUAAUAAAAACCAUAGAGAAAUUAAAAUCUGAAAAAUUGUUCGAAGCUUAUGGUAAUAUUUUUAAGGAAUGGUUGUCGGAAGGUAUUAUUGAGGAAGUCUCGAAAACAGAGAAGAAGGAGGCGAAUCACUAUUUACCACAUAGGCCAGUUAUUAAAGCACAUGGUUCAACAACGAUAAGACCAGUUUUGACGCGUCAUCGUGUAAAAAAGGAAGUCCUUCGUUGA